AUGCAGUCUAGUGAUCAUCAUAUACGCUGUUGCAUUGCCGAGUCGUUGGAAAAUCAUUGGGCGCUGAACAUCAGGAGCAGCAUCCGGAAGUUCGGCUACUUCUCUGAUCACAGCAAAAGAGGUCGCCUGCGUAGCGAACAGAUCUCGAAAAAAAAAGGAGAUGUCUUGGUUGAAAUUCGGUCAACUAGGUCCGAAAAUAGGAUUCCCCGCACAGACUCGUCAUCACGGAAAGCGUGCCGUUCUCAGCCACAUUCCAUGAAGCAACUGUUUUGCGCGCGCUUCUCAGUCUCUGAACGCCACCAACAGGCGGUCAUGGACGACACCAAGUUCUUAAAUCUUAUGGUAUCGUGCACCGAACUUCGAGCACAGGCUGACUGCCAAGAUCUCUCCACUAAACAGGGGUUUCUUCCCUACACGGCUAGAGCCUAUACUUCCAUCAGCCUCCUACCAUGCCGAUACGGUACGCCUUACUCAAUCUCGUCCGUCACACAGCACGGUGACGUUGAGGAGAGUUUGUAUAAGAUUCUGAAUGGGCACCCCGCAAUAACCGGAGGCAAGGGUGAACAACACCUCACGCUCCUUUGA